GGGGGGCGGCGGGACGGGCACCCCCCCCACUGGGCACCCCCCCUCAGCGGGAGCGGCCCCGACCCGCCGUCCCCGGGAAGGGCCGAGCCGCCCCGGCAGCCCUCGCUGGGCCCACGGAGACACCGGGCCUGCUCCGGGGAGGCCUCGGCGCCGGCCCCAGCCCGGCGCCAUGGAUGCGCUGCACACCGCCGGCAUCCGCUUCGCUGAGGCGCUGCAGGCCGGGCCGCCCUGGCUGGAAAAGUUCUGGAUCUCGGUGACAUCCCUGGCCGAUCCCAAAUGCGUCUUCACCAUCUGUUUCCCUCUCGCCUAUUUUCUCGACCGCAAGGUGGGGGUGUCGGUGCUGUGGAUCGGCCUGGUGUCAGAAUGGCUCAACGUGGUCCUCAAAUGGUUCUUAUUUGGGGAGCGCCCGUUCUGGUGGGUGCAUGAGUCGGGGCUUGCCAGCAAGGAGCAGGUUGUGCUGCGCCAGUUCCCUGUCUCCUGUGAAACGGGACCAGGGAGCCCCUCUGGCCACUGCAUGAUCACCGGGGCAGCUCUCUGGCCGCUGGUCACAGCUCUGACUGCGCUGGCAUCCGCACGCUCCAGGAGCCUGGUGUUGAAGCUGACCCCCUUCGUUGCCUAUGCCCUGCUCCUGCUGGCCGUGGGGCUCUCGAGGGUCUUCAUCCUGGCCCACUUUCCCCAUCAGGUGGUCAGUGGCAUCCUGGCAGGGGCUGCCCUGGGCUGGAGGCUGCAGGCUCACACCCCGGCCACCCGAGGCUUCUUUGUGGCCACUGCACUGGCCCUGCUGCUGGGCACCCUCACCCUGCACAGCCUGGUGAUCACCACUGGCAUCGACAUCGACUGGUCCAUCCGCUUGGCCACCAAACGCUGCUCCAACCCUGACUGGCUCCGCUUCGACACCCGGCCCUUCGCCUCCAUCUGCCGUGAUGCUGCCAGUGCCCUGGGGCUGGGGUUGGCCGCUAGUCCCCCCCUCAAGCAGCUGACCCCUCGGCAGCGCCUGGCUAGUGCCGUGUUGGCCUUGGUGGUCAUCCAAGGCUUGCACCAGGUGCUGCAUCCAGCAGAUGUCACCCUGUGGUAUGUCACCAACUUCCUCAAGUACGCCAUCGGGCCCUGGCUAGUGACAUCUCUCUUGCCCCGACUCAUCCUCACCCUCACCCGCCCCUGGGGUUCCCCUCAUACUGAGUAGGGGUCUCCACCAUGUCCUGGUGAGUCCUCUGCCCUCCUCCUGGCUGUGCCCACCACUGGCAGCACACUAGGAGGGCACCCACCGUACCCCCCGGGACUACAGGUCAGUUGUUGCAAACAAAACUGCUCCCCCCGGGGCAGGGGCCAGGUGGGGCAGAGCUGGGGGUGCGCUGUGCCCAGGAGGUCUGGGGACACAGCAUGAGACAGCCCCAGCCCUGGGGUCCCUGUCAAUGGCACCACCUUCCAUCCCCCGCUGCCCACCCUUCCAGCCGCCCCAGUUCUCCCUGUUCGGUUUCUGACUCCAGGGCCACCCCGUUUCCAACCAAAUAAAACUACU